CCGUCGGCGGCCCGGUUGGCUCGUCUAGUUCGGUCGGGCGCCCUCUCUGUCGCAGGCGUGCCCCCCGCCCUGGUUCGCUUCCCACCGAUCCUCCGCACGCCCCCUCGCGGGCGGCGCUUUCUUUUUUGGGCAUGGCGCGGCGACAGAUUCAGAGCCCGCUGCCGCUCGCCGCUUUGUGUAUGUUAGUUUGUCA